AUGAGCCCUCUCGCCCUAAAGGUUAUGGAUGAUACUGUAACCAGGGUCGAAGCUUCGGCAACACCGCCUGCUAAACGGACCCGACACACCAGUUAUCUGGACGUGCUGGUCCAGGGUGUGGCUCUCUUCUCUGAUGGUUACAACAUUCAGGUCGUUGGAUACAUGCUGACGGUUUUGGCUAAGCUGUAUCCAAAAGAAACCACUGCAGACGUCAAGACUCGGCUAUCUAACUCCAUCCUCAUCGGUGACAUCUUUGGAAUGCUCCUAUUUGGGUACUGUAUUGAUAGAUUCGGGAGAAGACUUGGUGUUAUCCUUACUACGCUGUUCCUUGUUCUGGGCAUUACCAUUGCUACCGCCUCUCAUGGAGGUACGGUUCAAGGGAUGUACUGGAUGAUGGUUGUCGGUCGCGGUGUUGCGGGUGUUGGUGCUGGCGGCGAAUAUGCCGUGUGCACAUCUCAAGCCCUGGAAUGCGCUGACGGCUCCGAACGUUUGCGCAAAAAAAGAGGAAUGCUGGUUGCCGUGUCCACAAAUGCCGCUAUCAUCGCUGGCUUCGUUGCCUCUAGUAUCGUCUCUAUCAUUGUCGUAAAAGCAUACAACGGCCAUCCCAGCGACGGGAUCUGGAGAAUAUGUUUUGGAAUUGGAAUUAUCCUUCCACUGACAAUCUUCCUCUUCCGGAUGCGUCUUCUCGAUUCAACUCAAUACGACAAGCAUGCCAUACAGCACAAAAUCCCCUACAAACUUGCUCUGAAGUAUUAUUGGAAACCAUUAAUCGGAACCUGCACUGCGUGGUUUCUAUAUGAUGUCAUCAUCUACCCAUUCAACCUCCUCGCCCCGACCCUGGUAGCCGGAUUCUCUAGCAACACCAGCCUUCUGCAAACAAUUGGCUGGAGUGCACUCAUUAACUCCUUCGCUCUACCCGGUGCAUUUAUAGGCGCCCUUCUCAUGGAUCGUAUAGGUCGGAAGCAAACAUAUGCCCUUGGCUGGGCAAUUGCUGCGGUGUUUGGUUUCAUCAUUGGCGGCGCCAUGUUCAAGCUACAACAUAUCUUCCCGCUCUUCGUCGUUCUGUACGGACUCAUGCAAACAUGCCUGGCCCUUGGACCAGGAGAUUGCAAUUUUCUAGUCUCCUCCGAAUCCUUCCCUACCCCUCUUCGAGGUCAUUUCCUCGGUUUCGCAGCAGCGAUUGGUAAAGUCGGUGCAGCGGUCGGUACAAGUGCCUUGACGCCGGUUGUAUCAUCAUUUGAGACAAAAAUGGAGGGCCAGAGGGCGCUGUUUCUGAUUGGGAGCGCAAUCUCCGUGCUUGGGACUCUGGUUGUUUGGUUCUUGAUUCCUGGUCAUCCUGAUGCUCUUGAUGACGAGGAUGUCAAGUUCAGGAGAUAUCUCGAGGAUAAUGGGUAUGAUACCAGCCACAUGGGUUUGAAGUCUGAGAAAAAUAUUGAGAGUUCUGUCACUGGGACAGGUGAGUGA